CUUGUCUGUUUACCCAACAUGUUGCUAAGAGACCAAAUACAAGCUAAUUUUGAUAAGCUCCAGCGUUAGAUUUGACACAGGUAGGACAACGCCCAGAUUUUAUACGAGAAGGCAGCCGAAUCCUACUACAGUCUGGAAUUCGAUUGGAAUGUUAUAGCUAGAGACUAAGCUAAGGAACAAGAACGUGAAGUCGUACAGAAUUAUAUAAAAAACUGAGAAACGUGAAACUUGAAAACCGGGUAACCAUGCCGAAGAAGGGUGCGAAAAAAGGAGGAGGGAAGCAAGCAGGGAUGACGGAGGAGGAAAGACUCUUGUACAUGCAGCAGAGGGCCCAGGCAGAGGAGGAGAUGGCCAAAAGGAAGGAGGACAUGCUUACUCAGUUCCUUAGGGAUAAGUUGCAGAAAGAGGAGCGCAACAGUGUAGUGAAUCAACACAAGCUGACUCAGCAGUGGCGAGCAGUUCUCCGCCAGACGCGGGCAGCUGAACUGCGCGCUGAAAUUGAUGUAUUCAGCCAGACCUUUGAGAGAGUGCUGGACAGAAAGGACAGUGUCAUAAAGUGUUUGGUAUGUGACCUGAGCGAGGCGGAGCAACAGUUAGCCCAAGCCAAUCGCUCUCACCUACAUUGUUUGGACUACUUGCUGGCCCUGCAGACGGGUAGGCUGGCGUCCUUGAAGCAGCAUUGGAGCAGCAGCCUGGAGGAACUCACCUCUGAGUUCAACAUUGAGAGGGAGCGCAUCCUCUCCCAGCACCAGAGGGAGUGUGUGUACCUGGAGGAUGUGACCUUUGCCAUGGAGCAGUACUACACAGAGCAGGACGGGGAGGGCCGUCAGGACUACCAGAGCACCAUAGAUGAGAUCAAGAACAGGAGCAUUGAGGAGAAGCAUGCGCUGAGGAUGCAGCUGGAGGGGGAGGUGGAGGGCCUGUGGGAUCACUUCCAACGGGCAAAGUGCAGCUACAACGAGGCCACAGAGGACCGUCACAUUGCCUUUGAGUCGCUGAGGACUCACGACCAGCACAGCUCUGAGGAGAUCGACACGCAGGCGAGGAAGCUUCAGAAGCUGCAGGACACCGUUUCAGCUUUACGUUCCAAGCUGAACUCGAUCCAGAAGGAGAGUGCAAAGGUAACGCAGGACCUGAGGACGGCCAGGGAGGAGGUGACCCUGCAGACUUAUCAGCUCAAAGGUCAGCUGAGCCGCACCCGUACAGCCAAGAGGACCCAGCUCACGAACCUCACUGUGCACAGCGACGCUGCCACCAAGAAAUUACUGGGGAUCAUCGCCAAGGGGGAGAGGCUGCUACGUAUGGCUGAGAUGUGUCGGAAGCUGGAGACCGAACAUGAAAAAGUCCUGCCCUUCUACACCUCCUCUCUCACCGCUGAAGAGGAGAGCCAGGAGAGAGCUAAUGUUAUGGAGCCUCCGUCAGAGGCGCUGGCACAGGUACAGCGUUUUAAAUACUUUAUUAUUCUCUCGCUCACACAUGCAUGUGUUCUGACCCUCACUUUGUGUGCGAAGGCUAUGCUGGACUACUCGGUUGUGGAGCGGUUCUGGCAACGCUAUAACAAGGUUCUGCUGGAGCGGCUGUGUCUGGAACAGGAGAGAGGAGCUCUGACCGAGGAAAACCAGCAGCUGCGGGGAUUACUGAGGCAGUACCUGGACAGCAUCUCUGUUAGCGACGAGGCGCUCGGUCAUCACAGCCCACUGCUGAUGGUGUCACAGCCCGCCCUCACCGCUCCACCCACAGUGGACACCCAACCCAGGCACCACACUGUCGUCGAAGCGGCACACAUUGUCCAAAACAUACGGUGAAGAUGGGCACACAAACCAAACCUGCAUCCUCACACCGUCAUUUCUACUGCAGCACCGAAAGGGGUUCGAGUUGGAUUAAAUAGAACGUGAACUCCUCUUCCUUGAGUCCUCUUCCUUAUUCUACUUUUUGUGUGACAUUAUUUCAACUAAGUGUCUGAAGAAACUAUCAAAUAAACAAGGGGAACGUUCCACUGAUAAUAAACAAAAUUCUCCCUCUGGUUGUUUUUUUUUUUUUCCUUUUAUUUAAAUAGUUUGAAGAGCUUGCUUUAUUUCUUCUUGCUCUUCUUGUC